CGAUACCUGAGUCCGAGGAAUAUAACUUCUGCUGUAGGAAAUGGGACAGCGGUGUUGUGGCACUGGCAAGCCGGGGCUAGUAGAGCGGAGAGUAUGUUUACGGAAAACUCUACAACGAUGGCCCCCAUGGAUGUCCAGGAAUUAUUGCUCAGUAGUAUGGGCGCCAAGCGAAAAGACAUUGGAUCUGUGAUAAUUCUUACUUGUGUUUACUCCCUGAUAUUCUUAACAGGAGUGAUUGGAAAUGUAAGCACUUGUGUGGUUAUUCUGCGGAAUAGCUAUAUGCAUACCUCAACAAACUACUAUUUAUUUAACCUGGCCAUUUCAGAUGUUCUCACUCUUUUCAUAGCUCUUCCGCCGGAGUUAUACGCUAUUUGGGAAGCAUAUCCCUGGAGGUUUGGUGAGCCUUUUUGCAUUGUGAAAUCCUUUCUGUCGGAAAUGACGUACUACUCUUCGGUGUUAACGCUGACAGCGUUUACGGUGGAAAGGUACGUGGCUAUAUGUCACCCAAUACGGUCUCAGACAUUGUCCGGUCUGUCCCGUGCUGUGAAGGCAAUUAUCAUUACCUGGAUUUUGGCUUGCCUAUGUGCUUUGCCGUACGCCAUAUGUACCAGAGUGUUUUAUUACGUCACUGAUCAUUCUGGAGAAGAGCUGAAGGAAUCCUUACUGUGUAACAUUCCACAAGUCUGGAUCGAGGAAAUGAAGUUUGUGUUUCAAGUGUCUACUUUUGCCUUCUUCGUUGGGCCAAUGACGUUAAUUACGGUGCUGUACAUACAAAUUGGCAGGAAGAUACACAAGUCGGAAGUGUGCACUAAUACAGCUGAUAGGACCGCCAUCACCGCUGCCUUCAGAGCUCGAAGGGCUGUUCUGCGAAUGUUAGUUGCUGUUGUAGUAGCGUUCUUUAUUUGCUGGGCACCAUUCCACGCCCAGCGACUAAUGACGCUCUACAUUAAACGAGACGACUGGAACGAAGAACUAAUAGUGGUGCAAAGCCAUCUGUUUUAUGUAUCAGGCAUUCUGUAUUUCUUCAGCUCAACUGUAAAUCCCAUUCUCUACAACCUCCUAUCCCGAAAGUACCGUCAGGCCUUCAAGCGGACGUUAUGUCGUUGUUGUAUCGACAUGGAGGGCCUUCCGUCGUUUUAUAAACUGAAAGCCAAGUUUAACAUUCGGCAGGCAGAAAACCCCGAUUCUCACAGCAGUGUGCGUUACUUGUAUCCAGAGAAACCAAUACUGGUAGCUACUUACAACAACAAUAACGAAAAUAGAAAACAGGAGAUUGUUCCAAGAAAAUGCGUCCCGAGUUCCAAGGAGACAUAUAUCAAGUUGACUACAAAAGGUGGAUCGGGCGAGUCAUCGAGCGGUUCAAGCAGCGGCCAUGCCCACUCGGACGGACGCCUACAUUACCACUGUAGACACAAAAUGUCUUGCUGCCGUCGACAUUGUCAGGGGCUUGAUCCGCAACUGGGUCGCCAGUACUUGUCUCGUUCCUUUAACAAUAUUUAUUAUUGUGACACAGAGUCGAAACGUCCCAAGAGGCGAACACGAGACCAAAAGCGGUUGCCAGUGGCUACAUUCGACAGCACCUGUCAGUGCCGGGACUGGCGAAUAGAUGCCACCAUGUUGUGAUCUAGAGUAGUAGGAGUUUUGUACAAAGAUGAUGUAUAUUAUAUUUGUAUGUGGGUUGCCACUGGCAUCAUGUCAUUUGCUCAAAAUGAGUCUUUCAGUAGGUUCUCUUAAUGUCUCAUCUUGCCGUGUUUGUUUUCCAAACAUCUGAUCGCUUUGCUCGCCUUUUUCAAGUUUCUCGUCAUGGAGAAGUGUAUAUUUUUGUUGUAAGAGUGGAAUCCAGUUCCAGACUGUUUUUGAUCACUAACUUAACGCAUUCAAGCCGGACAUUGUUUUGAGGUGGAAUUAAUAUUCUUAAAAGUUAAAGUGAACUUUGUGCAGACCAACCGGUGAAAGUGACACUUAUUUAUAUA